AUGCGACCGGCACUUCCAGCAUCUCGCAAGAAACGAUGGAUUGAUCUGGCACAACAAGAAAGACACAGCACACGGACUCGGAGAUCGAGGCUUGAAGUACAAUUAUCUGUUGUCGGUGGCUUCGAUGAUGACAAUGAGAUUCCACAAAUUUGGGUGCAGGGUACCGAGGGACUCGUUCAAGAGAGGAUACAGCCUGUCAAGGAGUUGGCACCGAAAAUAAAAAUUUUCACAGUUACUCACCGACGAAAGUUGGUUCCUUCGUAUGCAGACGGUCACUGGUCAACCCAACUCAUGCCAUCCGCAUCUGCAGUCAAGCAAUGCGACGCCUCCGGUCUGCUCUCGGCACACCUCGCCAACCCACAAGAAAACUUUAGGCGAGGCUGGGGCGGCUAUUGA